GGACUGACUGGAGAUGAGCGUCCGAUGUGUUCCUGUGAUUAGCAGCUACUGCAAUGGGGCCGCUUCGAGACGAUAAUCUGCUGCUCACCUUAACAUGUGCUAGCGAGAAGGAAAAUAUUAUUAGCUUUCAAAAUACUAAUGGAGUUUUUCGGUGUGCAGGAUUGCUGCACAUGCAUAUUCCGGACAACGUGGGACUAAAAUACACUGGGGAAUCCAAGUUUUUAUAUUAAUAAUAAUAAUAAUAAUAAUGAUGUCCUUCUUCUUGGAAAUGAAAGUUUUGGUAAAUAUUGCUUUUGUUCCUGCGUGUCCACAGAUAAUCCAUUAUCGCGAUAACUACCACUUAGUAUCUAAUGUCCCUUUAAAGCACGCAGCGGGGACAAGAGUCCCGCUAUUUUAAAGUUUGCUUUAAACGAACCGUCGCGAACACUAGAUGGCGCUAUUCGCUUAUUGCUACAUGUUGAGGUUUGCUGGAACCGGGAGGGAACCUGACACUUAGCGCAAGAGUAAAACGUGACGCGCAUGAAGCGUGUUUGGUCUUCGUGUUGUUCCCAUUUGUUUGAAGGAGCACACGCCUUUUAGUUUCACAUUAAAUUAGAUAUGUCAUCAUGUGCCGCGAAACAAACCGAUAGAAAAGCAGAAAUAAAUGACAAAUGAGGGCAUUAAACUACAAAGACAACAUUCAACCAACCCCCAUACACCGCCUCGGUCUGUUAAUGUUUCAACCCAAAUACAUUUUUAGCACACCAACACACAAACGUAUCAUACUUCCUCCACUUAAUCUUUGUUGUUGGUUUGUUUAGUACGUCUGCAACCAUUUCCUUAGUUGGACAGUACUCCAGAAUAACUGUACCUUCACAUCUGAUAAAGUGAUAUUUAAUAUCAACUUGCCUACAGCUUUGACAUACAGAUUUUUUUGUAAAGGAUAUGGUACUUUAAUUGUCCUCAUAGCCAUUAGCUAAAUAAUCAAGACCAACCAUGUGAAAUAGCUUUUGUCUUAUGUAUAAGCACUCUAAUAUAGUAGCAGCUGGUGCUGCUACUAUAUGUAGCAUGUGUAUAUAUAUAUAUAUAGCGUAUGUACUCCACCUCACACUGUAGAUAAUGCUACAGUAGACUGUCAUUUGAUUUCGAGAACACAAACUACCUGCAUAGACACGGACCCUACGUCAAAUAAGGUUGUCCGGUUUCAUCCUGCUAACCAGAUGUCGGCGCCACCUCAACCUGCUCCUCUCGAUGUGGAGAAGCAGCAGCUCUACUCUCGGUCCCUCCUUGAUGGCUGAGCUUCUCACCCAAAGGGAGAGUACAGACGCCCUUGCGGGUCGUACCUAAGCCAAAACUGCCACUGCCAAGCUGUCAGAGAUGUCAGGACCUUUGCCAAGUCGGGCACGAGUGUACACAGAGGUCAACACUCAUCGCCCGAGGGAAUACUGGGACUAUGAGUCACAUGUUGUGGAAUGGGGAAAUCAAGAUGACUUUCAGCUGGUGCGCAAGUUGGGACGUGGCAAGUACAGCGAAGUGUUCGAGGCAAUCAACAUCACCAACAACGAGAAGGUGGUGGUAAAGAUCCUAAAGCCAGUGAAGAAGAAGAAAAUCAAACGCGAGAUCAAGAUUUUAGAAAACCUGCGUGGAGGUCCUAAUAUUAUUUCUCUCAUCGAUAUAGUAAAGGACCCCGUAUCCCGGACGCCUGCUUUGGUCUUUGAACAUGUAAACAACACGGACUUUAAGCAACUGUACCAAACUCUGACAGACUCCGACAUCCGCUUCUACAUGUACGAGAUCCUCAAGGCACUCGAUUACUGCCACAGUAUGGGAAUCAUGCACAGAGACGUGAAGCCACAUAACGUCAUGAUCGAUCACGAGCAUCGAAAGCUGCGGCUUAUUGACUGGGGCCUGGCAGAGUUUUACCAUCCAGGGCAGGAGUACAACGUGAGAGUCGCCUCGCGCUACUUCAAAGGACCCGAGCUCUUGGUGGACUACCAGAUGUAUGACUACAGUCUGGACAUGUGGAGCCUGGGCUGCAUGUUGGCAAGCAUGAUCUUCAGGAAGGAACCAUUUUUCCACGGUCAUGACAACUACGAUCAGUUGGUGAGAAUAGCCAAAGUUUUGGGAACAGAAGACCUCUACGAUUAUAUCGACAAGUACAGCAUUGAGCUGGAACCUCGCUUCAAUGACAUUCUGGGAAGGCAUUCUCGUAAACGGUGGGAGCGCUUCGUCCACAGCGAGAAUCAGCACCUGGUCAGCGCCGAGGCUCUGGAUUUCCUCGACAAACUUCUGCGCUACGACCACCAGGCCCGAGUGACCGCCCGCGAGGCAAUGGACCACCCGUACUUCUUCUCCGUUGUGAAGGAGCAGUCUCGUAUGGCUGGAUCAGCCAACUUUCCAGGCGAUAACCCCGCUGUUACUGCAGCCAGCGUGGUCGCUGGUAUCUCUGCCUUGCCAGCCUCCACUGCCCUCGGCCCUCUCAGUGGCUCCACAGUCUUAUCGGCUAACACAAACUCCAUGAGCAGUCCGGUGGCCGCUGCUCCGCAAUGACAGCCAGCGUAACCUCUCCAUCUUCAGUCCAGCAUGACUCUGCCUGAAUGUGGAAAGGGCCAGAGCGGACAGCUGCUGCUCCACAUGCCCUGCUAUGAUGGCGCCACAUAACCCUUUGAACAAGAGGCCACCUUUCUUUCUUUUUUUUGUAACUUUUUUUGUUUGUUUAGGUGAAUUUUUUUUUUUUUUUACUUCUCCAGUAAGAUCCAAAAUGUUAACUUUAUAACCAAAAUGACAUUUUGUCUCAAAAAUGUACAUUAGUACCUCCCUAGGGUUAUUUUGACAUUCAGAACGUUGAGUCCAAGAGCAUGUGUUGUCUAUAACAUCUCAACAGUCCUGACUUUGACCUUCAUUAUGAGUCGGGGUUGGUCAAAAAGACCAGAAUCGACCGGACAAGAAGAUGGGAGAGUUUUUUAGGACCACCUGGAGCGCAUUCUAUACAGUUUAAUUAAUAAUCCACAUUAUAUAACUAAGGAGAGUCCAUAACUAAGGAGAGUCGCCAUGCCAUAUACCAGUGGUUCCCAAAGAUUUUCUGGCCCCCCCCUACGGAUUACAAUAAAAUCUCCCCCAAAAAAGAAAAAAAAAAAAA